CCGUGUGUGUGUUUAUGCGCUUGUGUGUGUGAGUGUGUGUGUGAUGAUGAUGAUGGCGGAGCUGGUGCAGGGACAGGCCUCGGUGGCUCAGGCCGGGAUGAAGGCUGACGGAUUCACGGACCCGUUUCACCGUACGCGACAGAUUGUUAAGAUGACUGGAGAACAGAUUCCCCAUCUGAACAACUCGUCCCCGGUCGUGGACGCUUCGCUCUAUGGCUACGGCGGGCAGAAGCGCUCUCUGGACGAGGGAGUGGCGAACCAGCUCGGUGCAAUGGUACAUGGUACAAGGGCUAUAAUAACAGAAGACUACAAAGUGCCUGAUAAGAUGGUGGGAUUCAUUAUCGGUCGGGGUGGCGAACAGAUCACAAGAAUUCAGCUGGAAUCAAACUGCAAGAUCCAGAUCGCUGCUGACAGUGGAGGGAUGAUGGACAGGCCUUGCACCCUGACUGGGACCCCAGAAAGUAUCGAGCAAGCGAAGAGGUUGUUGGGGCAGAUCGUGGACCGGUGUCGGAACGGGCCGGGCUUCCACAGUCAGAUGGACGGGAACAGCGCCGUCCAGGAGAUCCUCAUCCCGGCCAGUAAAGUUGGCCUGGUCAUCGGGAAAGGAGGCGACACCAUCAAACAACUUCAGGAGAGGACAGGAGUGAAGAUGAUCAUGAUUCAGGACGACCCGAUGCCCACUGGAUCAGACAAACCCUUGAGAAUCACUGGAGACCCUUAUAAAGUUCAGCAAGCGCGGGAGCUGGUCGUUGAGAUCAUCAGGGAAAAGGAUCAGGGAGAUUUCAGGAGUGGCCGCAGUGACUUCGGAUCCAGGCUGGGAAGCAGCAUCGAUGUUUUGCACACACAGGUUGCAGUGCCCAGGUUUGCCGUUGGAAUCGUCAUUGGCAGAAACGGGGAGAUGAUCAAGAAGAUUCAGAACGAUGCGGGUGUCAGGAUCCAGUUUAAGCCAGAUGAUGGGAUCAGUCCCGACCGGAUCGCCCAGGUCAUGGGUCAGCCCGACCGAUGUCAACACGCCGUUCACCUCAUCAAUGAUCUGGUCCAAACGGCACAGGAGCGUGAUGGUUUUGGCGGUCCGGUUGGACCCAGAGGUCGCGGCAGAGGUCGUGGUGACUGGAACAUGGGAACUCCUGGAGGCUUGCAGGAGGUCACCUACACAAUACCUGCGGAUAAGUGCGGACUUGUGAUCGGGAAAGGUGGAGAGACCAUCAAGAACAUCAACCAGCAGUCCGGAGCCCACGUGGAGCUGCAGAGAAACCCUCCGCCCAACACCGACCCGAACGUGCGGAUCUUCUCCAUCCGCGGAUCCCCCCAGCAGAUGGAGAUGGCCCGGCAGCUGAUCGACGAGAAGAUCGGGGCGUCUGGAAUGGGAGGGAACAGCAGUUUUGGACUCAGUCCUUUCACUCAAGGACCAGCGACUCCUCAUCAGAAUGGCCCGCAGACGUUCAUGACUGGUGGAUGGGGAACCACAUAUCAGACAUGGCAACCCCAGAGCCAGCAGGAUCCCAGUCAUAAUGGAUCUCAGACCGGCCAGAUGGACUAUUCCAAAGCGUGGGAGCAGUAUUAUAAAAAGCUAGGUCAGCAGAGCCAAGGCCAGAGCAGCGGAUCCGACUACAGCAAAGCAUGGGAGGAAUAUUACAAGAAACAGACUCAGGGAGCCGGUCCUGGUUCUCAGCAGAGUUCUCCUCCAGAUUACAGCGCCGCCUGGGUGGAGUAUUACAGACAGCAGGGGGCGUAUUACAACCAGGGACAAACACAGGCUCCCGGCCUCCCGGAUCAUUAAAGCGGAUGACUGCGGACCCUUUAGUUGAAGAUUUUUGAAUCACUGCGAGGAGGAAACAGACCUUUUGUAACAGAGGUUUCUAGAUUUGCAACGCCUUGAAGACUUUUACUUUUUUUCUUAGUGAGAAACACUAGCUGUAGAAUGACUUAUAUGAUUUAAAAAGAGAACUAUUUCUAAAUCAGGACAUCAAAUUGUUACUAAAUCCUUGUGUACACACACCAUUUAUUCGAAUGGGCAAUUUCCGGGAUCCUUUUUGGACCGUUUCAGAGUUGGUUUGUUUUCUAUUCUUCCUUUUUAAUUCGACGAUAUAUAUAUAUUCAGAUGUAUAUCGCCAAAACGAACCCCGGAGUUGCGGCAUUUCAUUGAUCGCGCAAUAUAAUCUCUUAUUUUUCUAGUUCUGUUGCAAUAAAAUGAUCGUGGGCUUAGCAGUCUUGAAUACGUUAUCGUUUAGUUUUGUCAUGCAAUGUUUUAAGAAUGUGUACAAAAUGUUUUUUCUUUUUUUUCUUUUACAUAAAGCAUUUUAAUUCAGUGCGAUAAAUAAAAAACUGUGAUGUUUUUGUUACAGAAAUAUAUGCUUUUGUUACACGAUAAACGGCGAAUGGCGGUCGGUUCCUGAUGAUGUAAUUCCUCAUGUACUUUGUAUUCUGUUUUCAUUGUCAUUUUAUUGUACUCUGGUUGAAAAAGGUGCAAUAUCUUAUUUCAGUUUUUUUUUUUGAAACAAAGAUGGAUUUCUCUAAUAUUUUGACAGACGUUUAACUUGUAGAUCUUAUAGAGGUUUUUUUUAGACGUAUGCAAAUGUAACGGAUAAUUUUUUAUUACAGUGAUUUGACGGGGAAAGGGUGGUUGUUUUUUGCCUUUGCUCUCUUGUAAAACUAUGUAUGUAUGCUCAGAUACUUGACUAAAUACUUUAUUUAAAAAUAUAUAUAAUUAAAUCAAAGACUUUUUUUGUCCUGUGUUUUACAGGAAAACUGUCCCUGUUUUUCUGUUCUGUUUUCAUACUGAAAUUUGUCAAAGAUUGUGAAUGUGUAAUUUGAAAUUUGAUGUUGCAUCUUGCUGACAGAUGAGACGUUUUAUGUAAACUUGUUCUGUAAACUUGGACUUUAAAGCGUUCAAGACUGCUAAGCCUCUGAGAGCCUACCUGUGUAUUAAUUAAUUGUAGUUUUUUAUAUUGGAAGUAUUGGAAGAUCAAAGUUGUUGUCUUAUUUGGUACCGGCGGUCUCUCCGAAACCCCUCAUCCAUCCCAGUACACACUGUGGACUCCUGUACAGUCCCGAUCCAGUAACCUUUUUAAUUCUGUUUUUCCUUUCUACUCUGUGUGAUCUAAUAUAUGUAUGAUUGACUAGUUACAAAUUGAUCUAGUAUUAACUUCAUUGCUUAAUGAAAAGGGAUAUUAUAAUUUCGAAAUGUUUAAUUUUAGUGUUUCUUUUCUUCCUCAUGUGUACAGGUAACCAUGUAUUAAAAUGAUUGAAAGACGA